AGAACCUAGGUAGUAAUGUAGUAUAUUGUAAUAAUGUAUAUACCUAAUACACUAUACAUACAUAUAUAUAUAAUAUAAAGUAUUGUCUGGAUAAUCCGAAAGAUUAUGGGGAAAGGGGUCGUUCGGAUUACCUAUGGCUUAAAAAAAAACAUCAGUUUUAUUGUAAUUUAAAUUAUGAAAUUUUAUUUUCAUCUGCAUUAAUCAUGUAAAAACUCAUAAUUUCAAAAGACAAUGAAUAUAUAAAAAUAUUAAUAAUUAUAAUAAACAUAAUCGAAAAUUUUAUUACCGGAAAAUAUUAUUUAUAAAUACAUAUGUGCAUAUUAGAUAAGAUAAGAUAAUUCUCCAUUCGGAUUUACGCGUCUUUCGGAUUAGCCUGUGUUCGAAUUAUCGAGACCCUACUGUAUAUAUAAUAAUUAAUAAGUAAUACCUUAUGGGUACCUACAUAAAUAGUAUAGUAAUAUAGUAUACCCACUUGUCAAAGAAAUUUUCAAUCAGCCAUUCAAAGUUUUAAAAACUCAAUUUCAUUUUUAGGUAACAAAAAAAUACGAUUUCUCUUAAUAAUUGUUUUUUUAAUUCUGCAACUAAAUGAACAUAAUAUUAUAGUCGUUUUUUAAGCCAUUUUUGUGUUAGCUGCAAUGUAAAAUUACUGACUGUUGACUAAUGAGUCAUUAUGUAGCCAUGUAAGUACCAAAAUUGGUACACAAAGUGGUUAUAGUCACGAAUUAAGAUAUAUAUAUAUCUUAAUUCGUGGUUAUAGUCCAUGGUAUUUUCUGUCUAUUGUCGUUUUCGAUCAAUUAGCCCCUCACGAACAACUGGACGUGAUUGCGACUUCUGCGGUAUCAACGAGGGGGUCUGUCUGUAGAUAUAACACAGCGUAAAGUGUAAAUAUCAACGAUGACAGUAUCAACUUACUAUCUCGAGUACAUUUUCGCUUUCAAUUUACAUAUUAUGAUACAUAUAUAAAUAACGUUAAAUGCCGUAAAAGGUUAUUUUCGGGGUCCUGGGGGUCGAAGAUCAACGGUUCGCCGCCGAGUGUUUUAUUUGGCAACGAUCCGAUUAACGGCCGUGAGUUGUCGUCUGAUAAACCGCACGGAGACAGAAUUAUUACAUUCCACGAAGUACGAAAUUUAAUACGCGAUUCGCUUUUCGGUCUUGGGUUUUCGACGUCGGACAACCAUAAAAUAAUAACCGAUACACUGUUUAUAGCUAUUUUUACCGACACCAUUCGCCGCUCGAUCGGCACCGCCUCGAGAUGUCACGUGCUCCGUUACCUUAAACCCCUAAUAUUGUUUGGCCGGAACGAAAGGUGUUUUGUUUUUAAUUUCUUGGAGAUCCGUGCUCUUCAAACUGGCCGAGGAUAUGGCCGAUCCCAUAAUCGGGCAGAAGUCGACGCGAAGGAAACAGUGGACCUUACUGAGUAAGGAUCGAACCCAGAGUCGAUACAACCGUUUUGGAAGUUUCUUGGCGGAAGAUGGAUGGCCCGAUUCACAAGUCGAUUUGGCCAAACAGUUGCUGAAUGAGAACUGUGAAGAUGAAAAAGACCAAGAAGAAAAUGCUAGUUUAGGUGUUUAUUGGCUCAUCAAGGCUUCUUCGCAAGGACAUAAAGAGGCAACUGAACUUUUAAGAGAAUGUCUUGACACAGGAAAAGGUAUCACUGAACACAAUUGGCUGGAUGUUAAAGUUUGUCUGGAAACUUCUCAAGAGGAUAAAAUCAUUCAAAAAACAGCACAUGAAAUAUUUGAUAGGAUGUCAGCUGGUGAAGACUUUAUAACUAGUGACCAAUUGAAAGAUGAAUUAAAUCAAGCAUGUAGCACCAAAUCCAUUAGCUCAGACAUCAUUAAAGUAGAUGAAAACUCUAAAGAAUACAAACGUUUAAAAUCAUCGCGGCAAGACUGGAAAUCCAGAAUAAAUGAAUCUGGAGAAAAACUUACUGAAGAUGUAUUAGUGAAUGCUGCUAAAGAUUUUUCACGUGGGCAAAUGCCCCUUGUGCAAAAAAUGCUUACCAUUGAAGAAAACAAAAAUGCCAUAUCUACUACUUGUGACUUAUUUCUCCAGCCAGUGUACAUUAUUCACAAUUAUAAUCUUUGCCUUCAAGAGAGAUUGAAUAAAAGAUUUUCCAAGUUGUCAUUAAAUCCAUUCUCAUAUUUUCACGCUCCAACAUUGAUAACUACACUUCUCUGCUUUAUAUUGGGCUUGGAUGGUAUUCGUUUGUUGAUUCCUUAUAUUCUAUUUUAUGGAUCAUUGCUUGCAAUGGUGGUUGCCACAGUAUGUGCAUUAUGUGCAAAAAGAGAUUAUGGACGAUUUCGCCGAUGGUCAAAUUUAUUCAUCACAUACAGUGGUGGUUGUCUUAGUGCUCAAGAAGCUGAAUAUCAACAUUUGAUGAACACUCUUAAGCCAUAUGUUUUCUUUUUUGCAUCAUUAGGAGCUCACUUAUUUAUGAAGACUGUAAUUGAUUCAGAUACCAUGUUUCAAUCUGAAUUAACCAUUGUAUCAAUUUGCUUAACGUUUUAUACGCUUUAUUCUUUUUCGUUAUCUGGCCCAAAAUUGGGCAAAACCAAAAACAUAGAUCUGAUUGCGCUGUUAUCGUUUUGUGUCAAUGUGCUAGCAAAAUAUCCAUAUGAAACUGAUACAGUAGUAAGCAAAGGCUGGAGAUUUCUUGAUUUACAUGUACCGACUUUUGCAUCACAUGUCAUUGGAAAUGGUGUAGAAUUUUGUCUCAACUUUAGAGCGUUAUUUUAUUUAAUAUUACCAGCUAUUAUGGUUAAAAUGGCGGCACGUAAUAAUUGGAGAGGAAUUUAUACAGACUUAAUACCACAUUGCAUGACACUUUCGUGGUGGCAGAUGGCUCUAGUUGCUUCUCAAGAAUCGACAUGGUAUGGGCUUGUUCGUAGUAUAUUAGCCUUAGUCUGUGUGUUUAUACUGUUUCCAAUUACUGGUAUUUUUUUGCCAUUUGUCACUAUUGGCAACGACUUUGAGACAAUAUAUCAGAUUAUUCAACUGCCCGUUGUUCUAAUAUUUAUGUGGAUUUUACAUAUAGUUUUGCAAUAUUUCAAACGUAAAGGCUUUCGCACAGAUUCGUUUUAUACAUAUUUGCAGGUUCUUAUAGUUUUAAUUGGUACAACAAUAUGUGUUUUUAACAACUAUGAGCGUUUACAACAAUGGAUUGAGCCGCCUGUUGACAAUCACUUGACAUAUAAUGAUUUCUCAGAAUUUUGUAAUAAAGAUAUUGGUAAAAAUUCUCAAGAGACCACUGUGAUGGCUGAUAUUGACUGUUCGCAAUUAAUUGGUCAAAAUGUGCAAUGGGAUGGCUACAUAAAAUCCAGCAAAGUUGUUUCAGUAUACAAUCCUAUUUUAGCUGUAUUAAGCUUCUUCCCAAAAAUUAUAUCGAAUCCAUUGACUUGUCUGCUGGGUAAACGUUUAUCUACAUGUUCAGACAGUUAUGGUUGUAACGUGAGCUCAAAGUUAUCUGACCUUUGCCACUUAUCUGAAUGGAAUCGUUAUACAUAUGAAAUAGAAAUAAAAAUGAGUAAUGAAGGUGUAUGGGGCAACACUGGUGAUAUAACAACACUGCUGACCAAUAGUCAAGAUAUCAUAAUGGACAAUGCAACAAAAAGUUUAAGAGAAAAUGACCAUGUAUGGUUUUCAGGUCAGUUGUCCGGUAACAAAUUUGGUAUAUUAACAGCCAAAAAUCCAUUUGUACAAGCAUCUUCUGUUGGGUGUUUGACAUGUUCAAAGAUUCAAGUCAUCAACAACAACAACAACGUUAGACAAAAAUCAUUUGAUGACGAAUUUUUCAAAUGUGCCAAAAGACUGUUUCAAUUCAUUUUAUAUCCAAUUGUAUUAUUUAAAUGAUCUUCACAAAAAAAAAAAUAAUCCUACUAAAAUUAGUUAUCAUUAAU